AUGGUUGCACAUAAUAAAAGCGGCGUGUGUCGCAGCCAUCGCGCCAUCGGCAGUAAUAGCAGUAAUAACUGCUGCAACUACACCAACAAUCCCACGAAGAAUUGCAAUUAUGCCAAACACAGCCUCAGGCAUUACACAUACAACAACAGCAGCAGAGCAUUCAGCCUGGGCCUGAUACUCGGUAUUUGGUGUCUAUUCAGCUGUGUAACAUCGAUACCGGGUGCUGCGGUUUACACAAAUGUUGACUUUCGUACCAAACCUUCAUUUGAACCCAUUUGCAAGCAGCAACAGGAACAUUUUAUUGAAAGCGAGGGCAAGGAAUCUAGUCUAAUUUUGGAAUUUAACAAAGCAGAUAUUAACCUCAAUCAACGAUCCUGUACGAGGAUAUUGAGUGCCCCACCAAAUUAUGGCUUUAUCAUUAGACUAAUAUUACCAAAAACAUGGCAACCAAAUCAGUACAAUAGUUACAGGAAUGUUCCUCGUUCAACAGUGCCCCCAAAUCAAGUUGAAGGUCGAGAAGAAAGAGCUGCAACAAAUAGUACAUCCAAUAAUAAUGAUACGCCUACCAUCCGUGAGAGCUGGAAUAAAACCGUAGUACAAAAAAUGGACCGGCGUUGCCCUUUGAAUAUAUUCAGUUCUCACGAUCCUCACACACCACAAUGGCGCGUAGACCCAUGUCAAUUGGAAGACACGUCCCCAGAAAUGGAGGAUCCAGUGCGUUUAUUUCAUGGGCGAGUUCGUAUAGUUUGGGACCAUGAAAAUCAAACCCUAAAUAGCAAACUCAUGGUAACUGUGCUGGGAAAAGGCGACCAGUGCCGAAGCGGAAAUAAACACCAGUGCUUAAAGAUCGGAGAUGAGCCGAUUUUAUGCAUUUCCAAAGAUUUAAUAUGCGAUGGCAUUCGUCAUUGCCCCUACAGCAAUGAAUACGACAGUGACGAAGAUUAUGCUAUGUGCUGGAAACGUAGCCGCUUGGGGGAACCGAUACCACCUGCAGUUGAAUCUGAUAUUUUCGAACACUUUGCCCUGGAGGUGUUUCGUAACCUGUUUGCGUACGAUGUGCCCUCAAUAGCUGCGGUGUCGAAAGGUGUCAAUAGUACCAUGGACCAGGAGGGAUUAGCCGAUGGUGGCAAAACUCCUGACGAAGAGUUAUUGAUUGUGGAUGGGAGUAACGGUACUCAGAACAUUGGCAAAUCCGAAAAUGCUAAUAGUACUGGAGGCAGUCAUCAUCCUAAGCACAAUGGUACUAGGAUGGGAUUAAAUUCGGAUCUUUCGAAGUAUGGCCCGUGGGGUUAUUUAAUGCUGGGCAUGCUGUUGUGCGGUGGAGCCUUACUGAUAUGUGGCCUUUGGGUUUGCUGUUGUCGCUUUAGCUAUCACAUUCAAACCAUUCGUCUACUUUCAGCUUCCGCAUCACAACACGCUGCCAACAAUGAACGUGAAUCAGCUCUGCAGAAUGCCAAUGCUGCCAACGUAGCACCUGGAUUGAGUCAAGAUAGUCUCUCUGCACCGGCUGCACCACCCAACUAUGAGGAAUUGGAUCCUCCACCUGCAUAUUCGGUUUUAUUUCCCAAUCAGAAAGCAGUCUCCAAUAACACCCUCAACUCCCUGGAUGUUCAAGGUUCUGCGUCCCAGCAGCAGCAAUUGUCCCCUUCGGCAGCACCCAGUAGUAGAUCUACGGUGCGUACAUACGCUGAGCGGGCUGCCUCCAGCAGCACCAGCAUAGCUCACAACAACUGA